CGUAUAGGAUUGUUUUCAGUUGCUGAUACAGUAAUUGCAUUUGGUGUGUGCAAGUCAAAUUUAACAUUUUUUUUAUGUUAUUAACAAUUACGCAGAUUUUAAUAUAGAAUGUUUGAAUUAUAAAGACAGGCUGCUCAAGAUGACAAUAACCGGCAAUGAUAUUGUCAACCAAAUUACAACCGGGGUAAAUGGAAGUUCCAAUAGGCUUUCGUCGCUUCGUAAAGCGAUGCCUCAAAUACUAGCAGUAAUGGUAAAAAACGUCGUACUCAUAUCAUUUGGUCUCACAGUUGGAUACGUUACCAUCUUAAUUCCUGCGUUAUCCGAAAACGUCGCCUCAAACGAAUUUCAUUUGGAUAACAGUCAGAUAUCGUGGAUAGGUUCAAUUAGCAUGAUGUGCGUCCCCAUAGGCUGUCUGAUAUCAGGAAUAGUAACUGAUCCAAUAGGACGAAGACGAUCCAUGCAAAUCAUCAACAUCCCGUUUAUAAUAUGCUGGAUAAUAUUCUACUUUGCUAACCAAUUGUGGCACUUUUACUUCGCUCUUGCUAUGGGCGGUUUCUUUGGAGGACUGGUUGAAGCUCCGAUACUAACCUACGUCUCCGAAAUCACGCAACCUCACCUCAGGGGAGCGUUGGCUGCGUCCAGUUCCGUAGCUGUCAUAGCCGGAAUCCUGAUUGAAUUUAUUUUGGGAACAUUUUUGGAAUGGAGGACGGUCGCGCUGAUAAGCUGCGUUUUUCCGGUGACAUCCUUUUGUCUACUGUGCUUUAUGCCGGAAAGUCCCCACUGGUUAAUAAUGAAUAACAAAAUAGAUAAAGCUCGUAAAAGUUUGGCGUGGUUGAGGGGGUGGACUAGUCUGGAGGACGUCGAAGAAGAAAUCCAGAACAUCUGCCGUAGUCAAAAGAUGGAAGAAUCUCAGAAAGGGGAUGCGACGAUCCAUCGCUCAUUUAUAAGGCGUCAGCUGGAGAGUGCGAAGGGAUACACUAAGAAGACCUUUCUCUGGCCAUUCACGAUGGUGGCAUUCCUUUACUUCCUAUCACACUUUACCGGUUCGACAACGCUACAAACGUACGCAGUAAAACUAUUCGAAACGUUACAGUCCCCAAUCGACGUGUACUACGCGACUAUAAUAAUGGGGGCCGCCGAGCUUCUCGGAUGUAUCGUAAGCUUAUUCCUGGUAAAGUACUGUGGUAAACGAAUUAUGGCUUUCAUUUCCAUUACGGGGGUGGGCGUUUGUGACGUAAUUAUCGGUACCUACGCAUACGUAAUGAACAUUGACACAUUCGCAUCGAGCGAUAACACUCCCGCUGCGUCCAAUUUUGAGUUUGAUGACCAUCAGUGGGUGGCGCUUGGUACACUGGUGUGCCUCGCCUUUGUAUCUCACUGUGGAUUCAGAGCCCUACCUUGGAUACUAAUAGGUGAAAUAUACCCGCACGAUAUACGAGCUACCGGUUGCGGAAUCUCCGGAGCUAUAUCUUACGUUUUCGCGUUCGCCUCCAACAAGGUCUUUCUACAGCUUGGUGCGAUGUUAACGAUUCCCGGAAUAUACUGGUUUUAUGGAUCUUUAAGUUUUGUAGGUUUAGUAUGCAUUUACUUUAUCUUACCUGAAACUGAGGGAAAAUCGUUGGAGGCAAUCACGGACCAUUUUUCGGGAAAAUCGAAGCUGGGCAACAAGGUGCAGAGGAGUAAAAAGGGGCAGCUCUGCGGCAACAUAAAUCUCGCUUUUGUUACUACGGAACCAGAAUAUAGACAGAAGGAGGACGUGGACAGUAAACUGUGAUUAUAUAUCUACAUAGUUUUAAUUACUUAAUUUAUUCUUUAUUUAAAAUGUUAUAAUGUUUUAAUAAAUAUUUUUAAUGCAUUA